AUGUCAAUAUCUUAUGAAUCAAUUUCCAUGGACCACGAUAAGCCUGAAGCGGUCUCGCCGCAUUUCCAUGAAAUCCUUGGGGAUGAUGUGGAGUUAACCAAUGACAUGGGCACGCGAGUUGGACACCAUCUAUUCCUCGAUGAAGCCAACCAGGUUAAAGAGGAGCGCAAAACCAGCGGAGAGAGCGUUUGGACAAUUGGAAAUGGGCUUUUUCUCGGGAGCGGCCGAUCUCUUGCCUCCGCUGGACCUGGUGGUGCAGUUCUAGGCUAUAUCCUCAUGGGCACUGUUAUCUCAUCAGUCGUCUCUUGUUUGGGUGAAAUGACUGCAUUAAUGCCAGUCAAUGCCCCGAUUAUGGAGUUUCCUCGGCGCUUCUUAGAUCGUGGUGUUGGCUUUGCAGUGGGUUGGAUCUACUGGUACUAUUCUAUCCAUCUCGUACACUUGAGGGGGAAGCUAACAGAACAACCAAAGCUAGUCGCCGUCGCAAAUACUAUUCGUUUUAAAUAUAUCGAUGACAAUGGAACGCAUUUGGAAUGGGUAACCGGGGGGAGUGUUCAUGCUGCGGUGUGGGUGUCUGUAGUUCUAAUAACUGUAACGCUGAUCAAUACGUUACCCGUCAAGUACUAUGGCCAACUCGAAUACGUUUUCGGCUGCAUAAAACUUUCUUUUCUUGUUUUGGUUAUCUUAAUGAUGGUUAUUCUGGACACAAUGCAGCCCUUGGACAACAGAUACCAUAGCACCCCCGUUGGUACUCGAUACUGGGACUCACCAUACUCCUUUUUUGCGCCAAGGUAUACGGUUAGGGGCCACAUGAGUGGUGAAGUUCAGCGAGAGAUCAGAGGUUCAGUUGGCGCGUUCCUUGGGAUGUGGACAACCUUCACCAACAUAAUUUUCUCGUAUGUAGGCAUGGACAUGGCUGCUGCCACCGCGGCAGAAAGUAAAGCUUUGUCUAAUGCCGAGAGUAUGAAGAUGGCGUCGCGCAAGGUCUCAAUCCGAGUCGUCACUUUGUACACUCUCUGCAUGUUGACGGCUUCAUUUCUGGUCCCAUAUGAUCAUCCAUUUCUUAACGGGGGCGGCCAAUCUGAGAGUUCACACUCGAUCUUUUUGAUCGCUGUAGUCCAAGGAGGACUCCCAGCCGCCGCCCACUUUUUCAAUGCAAUCUACAUGUUUUCUGCGUUCGCCUCUGGGAUCAACACCAUGUACGUCUCUUCGAGAGUCUUGCAUACUUUGGCGCUGCGCGACCAGACGGGACCAGAGUUUAUCACCAGAAGGUUACGUCAGUGUCACAAUGGGACCGGAUCUUCAGGCCAGAGACUGAGCGAACUCGCGACCAAUUGCACAGUGUCAUGUUUGAUUGUGUACACUGUCGUCUGUGCUACUUAUCUCGGCUUCUUUAAAACAUUACAUGACGUUAAGCUUUAUGGGAAUACAUCCGAAGCUCAAGCUGCCUGUUACGAUCGUAACCACCCUCAGUAUCCCUAUAAAUCCCACGGGCAAUGGCUAAAAGCUUGUUACGGCUUGGUCGCUUGUACACUUUUGGUUAUAUUUAACGGAGUGCCCUCUUUCCUCCAAGACCCGUUCGAUAUACGCGGGUUUUUUGCGUCAUACAUUGGAGUUCCUGUAUUUUUCUUGCUUAUUUUUCUCUACUACAAUCUCGACUGA